AUGCCAAAAGUAGUUGAUAACUAUGUAUUAGAGAGAAGUAUAGGAAAAGGACAAUUUGGAGAAGUGUUCAAAGGAUAUAAUAAACAAACAAAUGUGGAUAUAGCAGUGAAAUGUGUAAAGAGGUGUUGAGUAUAUCAAAUAUUUAGGGAACUUCUGAAAGGGAAAUUUACAGAGUUAUUAGAAAAUGAAAUAAAAGUAUUAAGGACUUGUAAUAAUGAUAAUAUCAUAAAAUUAUAUGAUAUAAAAAAGACUGCAAACAACAUAUAUCUAAUUAUGGAGUACUGUAAUGAAGGUGAUCUAUCAUGUAAUUAAUAAUUUAAUCAUAGAAUACAUAAAAUAAAAGAAAUUUUUAUUAGAAGAAGAAGCUGUAGAUUAUUUAUUAUAGAUACUUAAUGGCUUUAAAACACUUGUAAAGAAUAAAAUAAUGCACAGAGAUUUUAAAUUGGCAAAUAUCCUAAAACAUGAUGGCAAUAUAAAAAUAGCUGAUUUUGGAUUCUCCAAAUUGUUGAAUGACAAUUAAAUUUUAACAAAUACAAUGUUAGGAUCUCCACUUAAUAUGGCUCCAGAAGUGUUAAAUAAUUAAGAAUAUGACAGUAAAGCAGAUAUAUGGUCUAUUGGUACUUGUUUUUAUGAACUAUUAUUUGGAAAAUCACCAUUUACAGCUACUAAUAUGGUUGAGUUGCUUAAGAACAUAAAAACUAAAUAAUUUGUUAUUAAUAGAAAAGUUAAUAAUAUAUCUUAAACAGCAGAAGAUUUAUUAAAGAAAAUGUUAGUAGUUAAUCCUAAAGAUAGAAUAUCUUGGUAAGAUUUAUUUAAUCAUGAGAUAAAUUCUUAUCAGGAGGAAAAGUUAAAGAAAGAUUUAGAAACUACAUUAAAAGGUGGAGAAUUAAUGAUGAAUAUGAGUAAAUUUUAUAUCAAAAAUAACAUGGUUAUUGAUCAUCCAGCUGAAAUAAAGAAAAAAGAAGAUUUAAAUAAUUUUGCAAUGUAAGUAGCUUAAAAAGGUCCAUAAAAUUAAUAAUAAUAAUAUGUUGGACCAUUAUUAAAGAAACCCUAAGAAGAAAAUAAUCUUGCUAGAUAAGAUUCAGCCAAAAAUGUUUAGAGUACUUAAGGAUCUCUUUAAGAUCUUGGUAAUGAAGAAGUAACUGAUAAGGAAACAUAAAGAGAAAAAGAAAUUAAAGCUAAAAAAAGAAAUGCUAAUAGGAUUUUACAUGAAAGAAAUAUUUAUGUAUUUUUGGCAUCUGUUGCUGAAGAAGCAAUGAGCAAUUAAACUAUUUCAAACUAUGAUGUUACAGGUUUUUUUUUAGUUAAAAAAUUGCUAUAAUUAAUUGAUUUUUUAAAGACAAUUCUAUAAAAUAAAUAAAAUUGUUAUGGAUUAGAGUAUUUAAUAAAUAUGAUUUUAGAUUUUGGGAAUAAUUUACUUAAAGUAAAGAUUUUAAAGAUAUUCACACAUACAUUUCAAAAGAAUUUGAUGUAUUUAAAUCUUAUUUUGAUUCAAUUUAUGAAAAGAUUAGUAUAUAAAUUCAAUAGAGAUAAAAAGUAGAUGAUUCAAUUAAAUAAGCUAUUAAUAAUAAUAUUAAAUAGAACAAUCAAUAAAUAUUAAAUAAAUGUUUAGUUGAAUACUCAAAAUUAUUGAUUGAAAAUCUAAAAAAGACUUAACCUUAAGAUUAAGUAAUUUUUCUUUAAUUUAUUUAAGUAUCGAUAAUAAUGGAUUCAUGCUGAUAGAGUAUUAGAUUGUAUUAAAUUAGAAGAGACUUUUUAAUUUGAUGACAAAAUUACAAAUUAGCAAUUUAAUUUCAAAUAAUAUUAUGAAAAUGACAAUAUAUUAGAAAUAGAAGCUCUAUAAAAAAAAGUGUUAUAAAAAUUUGAGAAACUAAAAUGA